GUAGCUGAAAGUAGGAGUUUCGCCGCUCGAUUCACUCUAAACACACAGUGGGGUUUUUUUGUAGUUUUUUUUAGUUGCUCUGCACGUGAAAUGGUUUGGCUUGUUUGUUAGAGAAAAACAACCAGCGAAAGUGUCAAAAGCAAAUAUGCAGACGGAGGAUGAGGAUGAGGCGUCCUGUGAGGAGUACGUUGCCCGGUCAGAUUUCACUGGAAGUAGCACCGAUCAGCUUAGUUUCAGCAGAGGGGACAGAUUGCUCGUGCACGCGAAGCCCUCCUCAGAGUGGUGGUGGGCAGAGCUGCAGGGGGUCAUAGGUUAUGUCCCUGCCAGCUACAUGAGCCAGGAUGCUGCAGGGGAGGAGGAGGAGGACCCCUCAAUAGAAGACCCGUGGCAAGAUGAAGAAUACUUUGGCAAUUAUGGAACGCUGAGGCUUCACCUGGAGAUGCUGUCAGACAAGAGCCGCACUGAGGCAUACCGGCAGGUUAUUCUCAGCAACAGUGCUUCUCUCAGCAGCAAGAGGGUAAUGGACCUCGGCUGUGGGACUGGCAUCAUCAGUCUGUUCUGCGCUCAGUUGGCACGCCCCUCAAUGGUGUAUGCUGUGGAGGCGAGUUCAAUGGCAGAGUAUACCAGGCAGCUGGUGAAGCAGAACGGCUAUGAUGAGGUGGUCACGGUGCUUCAGGGGCGGGCUGAAGAGAUCGAGCUGCCUGAACAGGUGGACGUCCUGGUUUCUGAGUGGAUGGGUAACUGCCUUCUGUUUGAGUUCAUGGUGGAGUCAGUUCUGCUGGCCAGGGACCGCUGGCUUAGAGAUGGUGGCACGAUAUGGCCCUCCUCUGCGGCCCUCACCUUUGUGCCAUGUCAGGCCGACAGCUAUUAUGCCGAGAAAAUGGCCUUCUGGGAGCGGCCAUAUGGCCUCGACUUCACUCCUCUUCAGCCUUUGGCACAGCAGGAGUUCUUCACCAAGCCCAAGUUCAGCCACAUCAUUGAACCAUGUGACUGCCUCGCUGCUCCUUGUGAUGUCAUCUCCCUCGACAUGUACACUUUACAAGUGGGAGAUCUCGAGGAAAUGAAGGGUCAGUUUCAUUUUUGUGUGGAGAAGUCUGGAGCUUUCCAUGGAUUCACCGCCUGGUUCACUGUUUGCUUCGAGAGCCUGGAGGCAGGAGGCGCAACUGUGGAGCUAAACACCGGCCCCAACUCUGGGCCAACACACUGGAAGCAGACAUUGUUCAUGCUAGACAGGCCAGUAAGUGUAUGCGCAGGAGACUCGAUCAGUGGAACCAUUGUCCUCCAGAGAAAUCCUGUCUGGAGGCGCCACAUGACCGUUACCCUGCACUGGACCAUUAAAGGGAGCACAGACAAUCCAGACAACUCCCAGGCUGGAACAAAGAGUUUCCCCAUGUGGAGGUGACACAUAUUCGCUCAUCACCGGUGAAGAUCUAAAAUAGAAAAACAGUCUAAUAAAAUUAAACUGUUCGGCUGUGAGACUGCUGCUGAAGCGGACUGGUGUGUUGCUCACAUGUUGCAAUGAAUGUGCCAGAGGAAUUCCUGCUAUCAUAGUGAUGAGCCCGAUUGCUGCAAUCACACCACCCUAAGAGCACGUUUACUGCUCAUUUUUAUUGAAGGGCAAAAGUAC